GGGGAGAGUGGGGCGGCCGGGCGAGUGGACGCGUGAACAGACAGACCUGCGGACGGGACAGCCGCGGCCGUAGGCCCUUCUAGCUCCGCUUAACCCCUGAUGCGCGGGGGGAAGCAGCCCCUCUCGCUGGGGGAUGCUGCGGGAUUCCCGGCGCCGGGCAUCCGGGCCGCCGGCUAAACCCCUGUGCCUACCCCGUGCCCCCGGGGAACCGGAGUCCGGCCGCUGGGAAAGAGAAGCGGCCGCCGAGACGCUGCAGGGUGCCGGGCGGGGAGGGGGCUGGAGGCCCCAGGCCCGAGGGCAUGGAGCGGUUAGGGGAGAAAGCCAGUCGCCUGCUGGAGAAGUUAAGGCUCUCGGACUCCGGCAGCGCCAAGUUCGGCCGCAGAAAGGGUGAAUCUAGCCGGUCUGGGUCUGAUGGGACCCCCGGGCCGGGCAAGGGGCGCCUGAGUGGGUUGGGGGUUCCUAGGAAAUCAGGGCCCCGUGGAGCUACUGGGGGACCUGGGGAUGAGCCGUUGGAGCCAGCCCGAGAGCAGGGCCCCCUGGACGCUGAGCGGAACCCGCGCGGCUCCUUUGAGGCGCAGCGCUACGAAGGCUCCUUUCCCGGGGGGCCGCCUCCCACCCGGGCCUUGCCUCUACCUCAGUCAUUGCCCCCCGACUUUCGGCUGGAGACCACGGCCCCAGCCCUAAGCCCCCGCUCCAGUUUCGCCAGUAGCUCAGCCAGCGACGCCAGCAAGCCGUCCAGCCCCCGCGGCAGCCUGCUGCUGGACGGGGCGGGGGCGGGCGGAGCCGGAGGUAGCCGACCCUGCAGCAAUCGUACCAGCGGCAUCAGCAUGGGCUACGACCAGCGCCACGGCAGCCCCCUGCCCGCCGGGCCCUGCCUGUUUGGCCCUCCCCUGGCUGGAGCUCCAGCGGGCUAUUCCCCUGGAGGGGUGCCGUCCGCCUACCCGGAGCUCCACGCUGCCCUGGACCGACUGUGCGCUCACCGGCCCGCGGGGUUCGGCUGCCAGGAAAGCCGCCACUCAUAUCCCCCGGCCCUGGGCAGCCCCGGAGCUCUAGCCGGGGCCGGAGUGGGAGCGGCAGGGCCCUUGGAGAGACGUGGGGCGCAACCCGGACGACACUCAGUGACCGGCUACGGGGACUGCGCCGCGGGCGCCCGAUACCAGGAUGAGCUAACAGCGUUGCUGCGCCUGACGGUGGGCACGGGAGGGCGAGAAGCCGGCGCCCGCGGGGAACCCUCGGGGAUUGAGCCGUCGGGUCUCGAGGAGCCGCCGGGUCCGUUCGUUCCAGAGGCUGCCCGGGCCCGGAUGCGGGAGCCGGAGGCCAGAGAGGACUACUUCG